AUGACGUCAAAAGGAGUUGUCCCGCACAUCAUCAACGGCGUAAACCGCUACCCGGAAAAGACUUUUGAUGUUCACUCUCCGGCUACGGAACAAUUGCUUCACAAAUGCGGAGGUGCUUCGGUAGCCGAUGCAGCGGAAGCGGUCGACGUCGCCGCUGAGGCUCUCAAGUCAUGGCGAAGGACGAGUCCCCAGCACCGAAGAGACAUCUGCCUCAAAGCUGCCGGCAUCAUGGAGAGCCGCCGCGACGAGCUGUCUCAAUAUAUGCAAGAUGAAACCGGGGCUACCUCGAGCUUCUCCAAAGAAUGUGUCGACCGCGCAAUUGAUCUGAUCAAGGACAUUGGCGGCCGCAUUGCCGCACUUGCCGGGUCCUUUCCCCCAAUAGCGAAUCCUAAGCGAAGCGGUCUGAUUCUGCGAGAACCCUACGGUGUCGUGCUUUCUAUUUCUCCAUGGAAUUCGCCUUACAUCCUCGGCGCCAGAUCGGUAGCAUGUCCCAUAGCCGCAGGCAAUACUGUCGUCUUCAAGGCGUCCGAGUCAUGCCCAAAGACAUCGUGGGCCCUGGUUGACGUUUUUCAUCAGGCCGGGCUCCCAAACGGUGUUUUGAACAUGAUAGUCAACCACCCGGCCGACGCUGCACUCAUCGUGUCCUCGCUGAUAUCCAACGCGCAUGUCAAGAAGAUCAACUACACGGGAAACACUAACGUAGGCCGGAUCGUUGCCAAACAGGCAGGAGAACAUCUCAAGCCAGUGGUGUUGGAACUUGGGGGGAAGGCUCCCGCCAUCGUCUGGGAAGACGCCGAUCUGGACCUUGCGGCUGAACAAUGCGCAAUGGGCUCUUUUCUCCACGGCGGUCAGAUUUGCAUGAGCACGGAAAGGAUAAUCGUCCACCAUGCCGUACGAGACACAUUUCGGGACAAGUUCGCAGCCGCAGUUUCCUCGUUCCUCCCUUCCAGCGGAGAAGCGCCGGUUCUUGUCAGCGCUGCCGCGGCCCAGAGGAAUAAGCAACUAGUCAACAAUGCCACUAAGCGCGGGGCGACCGUCUUGCAUGGAGAUGUCGACGCGACGGAAAUCAGCCGGACCAGGAUGCGACCCAUUGUUGUGGAUGGUGUCACUUCAGACAUGGACAUCUACAGCACAGAGUCGUUUGGACCCACCGUCUCCCUAAUCGACGUCCAGUCGGAGGAAGAAGCCAUCCGCAUCGCAAAUGAUACCGAAUACGGGCUGUCGGCCGCCGUUUUCACCAAGGAUCUGAGGAGGGGCUUGCGAUUUGCGGAAGAGCUCGAGACGGGCGCAGUCCAUAUCAACCGCAUGUCGGUUCAUGAUGAAACCGCCCUGCCUCACGGGGGUGUGAAAUCAAGCGGUUACGGCCGGUUCAACAGCUCCGUCGGGUUGGAGGAGUGGACAAGAACCAAGAACAUUACCUAUGACCGAUGA